CGUUCCGUCAAUAAAAAUGACUAAUUAGGGCAUUAAUUGUUCGUUAAAGCGCGACCAAAAGUGCCGCAUGUGCACCACAAAUUAACCCGCGUCUUAUUAUCAACAUUUACCGAUACUAGUUUUUUACCGAAUUACGACGAUAAUAAUAAUUCUUUAAGAUGGGCCAAACCUUAUCAGAACCAGUAACAGCAAAAGAUACGGCAUGUUGCCAAAAUACAAGCUUUCGAGUAGGUUCAAGUUGUAUGCAAGGUUGGCGAGUAAACAUGGAAGAUUCCCAUUCGCACAUUUUAUCACUUCCGGAUGAUCCAGGAACGGCAUUUUUCGCCGUUUACGAUGGACACGGAGGUGCGAAAGUCGCCGAUUAUGCGGGUAAACAUCUCCAUAAAUACUUAACGAAACAAACCCUUUACAAAGAAGGCAAAAUUGAGGAUGCUUUAAAACAAGCUUUUCUGGAAAUCGAUGAAGAUAUGCGCGAGGAUGAAGCUUUGAAAAGGGAACAAGCCGGAACGACAGCCGUUUGCGUGGUUAUUAAAGAUAACAAGUUGUUUUGUGCGAAUGUCGGCGACUCAAGGGCGGUUGCAAGCAUUAAAGGGAUUGCGGAACCGCUUUCAACAGAUCAUAAACCUUGUAAUGUUAUUGAAUAUAAUAGAAUUACAGCCGCUGGUGGUUGGGUUGAUUGUAAUCGUGUUAACGGAAAUUUGGCGUUAUCUAGGGCACUUGGCGAUUUUGUUUUUAAAAGGAACCAAAAAAAAUCACCUGAAGAACAAAUUGUUAUAGCAAAUCCUGACGUGGAAAUUCGAGAAAUAAAUGAAGAUUGGGAAUUUAUAGUGUUAGCUUGUGAUGGUAUUUGGGACGUAAUGACCAAUUAUGAAGUUGUUGGAUAUAUUCGAGAAAAUUUAGCGUUGGGGAUUGAGCCAGAAGAAAUUUGCGAAAGUUUGAUGAUGCGUUGUUUAGCACCUGAUUGUCAAAUGGCUGGUUUAGGAUGCGAUAAUAUGACGGUUGUGAUAGUUUGUAUGUUACAUGGUAAACCAUACGAAGAAUUAAGCGCAAAAUGUGCUAUAGAAGCGCCCGAAAAUUUAAGCGAAAUGGAAUUUGAGAAAAAAUAUACCAUCGAACCAAACGACGAAGAUCAAGAAAACGAAGAGCUUGUUAACCAACAACCACUUUGAUUUGAUGUUUUUAAAAAUGGAAUGAAAUUUGUUUGAAAAGGAUUUUUUAUUGUUGUGGGUAAAAGUAUCUGUAAAUAAUAUUUGUAAAUAAUGGUAUAUAAUGUAUAUGUAUACGGUUUAUUUUUGAGUUUUUGACAGUUACUUUCAAAAAGUGUAAAAGCUGGUUAUUUUUUUUGUUGAUUUUGUUUAUCUCUAGUUUUUUUUUCUUGUUUUUGUUGCAUUUGUUGUUUUUGACACUUAACAACCUAGAAAUUGCUAAAAGGAAUUGUACAAAAUUGUUGUGUUUGUUGGUGUUUUAAUGAAAAGAAAUAAAUAGAUUUUAGUAGUAUAAUGGACAAAUAAUAAAGACAAAAAAAUCCUAGUCAAUGUACUAAGAAAAAAAUUAUAGACAUUUUAAAAUGUUUGUUAAAAACGAUGUUUCUGCGAAUGUUGUUUACAUUCCCAGGAAUUUUUUUUAGCAUUCAAAUUAAUAUAAAAAACUUAAUUAUAAAAGAAACUUUCACCGCAUCACCACACACCUCCACCCGCCACUUUUGGUCUACUUUCAUUAUUAUUGAUAACAAAGUGUAGGGAAAACUCCAGUAGUUAAAAAAAAAGUGAAAAUGCGGCUACUUUCCCCUUUGAAAGUAGUUUGAAAAAUAUACAACAAUAAUAUACAUAUAUUUUUAUACACAUUUUAAGAAUGAACCUACAUGUAUGUUUUGUGAUAAUAGAAUUAUAGACUAAAAAAAUAUAUAUAAAUAAAUAAAAUAAUCUUUCUCGUUUAUUGGACUAAGAAUCAUACCAAAAUAAUUGUUAUCGUUUUUUUUUUCACCUGUUUCAUUUAUUACUUUUUAGGGACUUCCUUUUGAUAGUAAAUAUAGUGACUUAUUUUUUCGUUUUUAAGUACUAUACUUGUAAUUAUUAUUAGGUACAGUACAUAACUUGAGAAGGGAGUAAAUAAAAUAUAAAAAAUUUUAAGUAGUUGAUUAUUUAUACAAUAAGGUAUUGUUUUGUUCUGAAUUUACGCUAUUAAAUAAAACAUUAAAUACAAUUUUAA